AAAAGAUAAUGUGCCAGUCGUUCGUUUGAAAUUGCCAGUCUGUCGUCGGAGAGUUUUUACAUUCGUCAUUUCCUCGGACACACGGGAGUAUUCAAAAGAAAUCCAACAAUCAAAAUGGCAAAUUUCUUAAUUAAAAGUUUAGCUUUCUUGGACAUUUGCACAGCCGUCGUGGUUAUCAUCUUUCAAAUAAGUACCCUGGCCCGUUACAGCUCCAAUGGAAAUACAGGCCCGCUAGAAAAGGUGGCAGUUGGAAUUUGGGCUGGAUUGAGCUUUAUGAUCACUGGCAUUGUUUUCUGGCGAUCUGCUAACAAAGACAAACACGCCCGCGUUUAUAACCAUUGGGAGGUAACUACGGCUUUGGUAUCUUUCUUCUGUUCUAUCGCUUUGAUCGGUGUUAUGGCCGCCAACAUUCAAAAUAUCGUCAACGAUUGGUACUGCGUCUAUCAGUUUGUCCGCAAAGAGCACUGCACAGUUCAAAAGGCUCUCGAUGGCGUCAUGCUCUUUGGCGGUUGCUUUGCAUGCGUUAUCAACGGAGGCUUGAGCUUCAUUUCAUGCUACUGUUACAAUUGAGACCAGUUUACUUAGAGCAACGCAUUUCACACCCAUUCAUACAACAUUAGAAGAUAAAUUGCAUUAAACACAAAAGCCUAAUUUUCUAACCAUAUUUUCAGUGAUGUUAAACCACUCCCACAAAAUUAUUAUUUGUAUGUGUUUCUAAAAGUGAAAAAAAGAAAAUCAUACCUCUGAAUACAUCGUGCUCAUAAUUCUAAA